AUGCCGGUGAUGCGAGACGGCGAGGACGCUAUUCCACGCGUGGAGCCGGAGGCGCGGGCGCUCGAGCGGCCGGGGAUUCAGGCGCCGAAUUCGCACCUGAGUGCGAUGCAGUCGGCCCGGGCGGAGCAGCCACCGGGGUAUUAUUUGCCUGCCCCCGAGGUGAGUCGAGUGGGCAUGCGAAUGCCAGAGUUCACGCCGACGGAUCCGGAGCUCUGGUUUAACAUCGUCGACCGGAGUUUCCAGGCCGCCGGAAUUACGGUCGACGCGACGAAGUUCGGGUACGCGUUGAGUGCCCUCGGACCGCGUUAUACCACCGAAGUGCGCGAUAUAAUUAUGAAUCCGCCCCCGGAGCGCGCGUACGAGACGUUGAAAACCGAGCUUGUUAAGCGACUAAGUCUGUCGCAGGAGCACAAGACUCGAAGGCUCCUUGAACACGAGGAGAUUGGCGAUCGAAAGCCAUCGCAAUUUUUACGCCACCUUCGCGGUCUUGCCGGGAACGUGGUUGGCGACCAGGUGUUGCGGACGAUCUGGCUGAGUCGGUUGCCAGCUCACCUUCAGCCGCAUUUAAUAACGCGUACGGCAGAUACGCCCGAGCAACUGGCGGAUAUCGCGGACGCGAUCGUGGAGGCUUCCCGGGCGCCGGUGUUCCAGGUGGCGGAGACGACGAGAUUCGCCGCUCCUCAGGGUCAGAGCGCGUGCGACCCGAUGUCUCUGGAGGCGAAAAUGGAGCUGCGAAUGACGCAGAUGCGACUAGAGAUGCAGCGGGAGAUGGCGGAGCAGUUGACGGCCAUACGGAGAUCGAUCGAGGCGAUCGGGAGUGACCGAUAUGGAGAAGACCGUGACGACGAUCGGCGCCGCCCGCGUUCGCGCCAGCGUUCGCGUUCGCGCCCGCGAGCGCGCUCGGCAAGCCGUGAUCCGCCGGCCAGUGGAAUAUGUUGGUAUCACUGGCGAUUCGGACCGAGCGCUCGACAAUGCAGGCCGCCCUGCUCGAUGCAACAACCGGGAAACGCGGGGGCCGGUCGCUAG